AUGCCUACAUUUUAUAAAAGGCAAAGAGGAUCCAGUCGGGCUGACUGGACAGAGGAGCAACUUAAAGAUGCCAUAAACGCAGUACAAAAUGGAAUGAGCCUGAAUCAAGCCUCAAAGGAGUUUGGUGUUCCAUGGUCAACGCUGAAAAGAAGAAUAGCAAAUGGGUGUUUCACGAAAAAAGCUUUAGGUGGACCGCCUGUCUUAACACAAGAAUGUGAGAAGAAGAUGGUGAAACGUAUUAUAAAAUUACAAAAAUUUGGAUUUGCACCGACAAGAACAGAAGUACGUAUCAUGGCAUAUAAACUGGCUGAGAAAUGUAACCAGCACCACAAAUUUAACCGAGAAAAGGAAAUUGCCGGUAUGGAUUGGCUGCAUUUAUUCUUAAAAAGAAAUCCAGAACUCUCGGUCCGCAAAUCAGAGGCAGUUUCACUGGCACGAUCAAGGGGAUUAAACAAGAAAAACGUUUCAGACUAUUUUUCAUUGCUGCGAAAUAUCUUGAUAGAGCACAAUCUACUUGAUAAGCCGGGAAAUAUAUUUAACGUAGAUGAGUCCGGACUUCAACUAAAUAACAGACCAGGGCAUGUGGUGGCAGCAAAGGGAUCUAAGAGCGUCGCAGCAAUAACAUCAGGUGAAAAGGGAGAAACCAUCACCGUUAUUGCUUGUUGUAAUGGAGAGGGCACGUUUCUACCACCAGCAUGUGUUUUAAAGGGGAAGAAUGAAAAAGCUGAAUAUAGAGACGGUAUGCCGCCUGGUUCCAUUAUUUUCAUGUCACAAAAGUCGGCGUACGUGACAACUGAUAUUUUCCUUCUGUGGCUAAGGAACCAUUUUGCACCGAGGAAGCCUGAGGGAACGGUCGUGCUUAUUUUGGAUGGGCACAGCUCUCAUUGUAGCAGUGUGGACACAUUAGAGUUUGCAGAGGAAAAUAACAUAAUUCUGCUCUGUCUACCCAGCCACACGACGCAUUAUCUGCAGCCACUAGACAGAGCAUUUUUUAAAGCUCUAAAAUCCUAUUAUUACAAUGCUUGCAACUCCUACAUUAAAAUGAACCCAAAUAGAAAAAUUUCAAGACUAGUGUUCGGAGGACUGCUUAGUAAGGCAUGGGUACAAGCGUCUACGACAGAUAACGCAAUAUCAGGGUUCAGAAGCACAGGAAUCAUCCCAUUUAAUGCUGAUGCCAUUCCCGAAUAUGCCUUUUUAACAUCAGCUUCAGGUCAACAGGAAAACAACGAGCGACGUGAAAAAAUAUCUACUUCACCUCAGCCAGGUUGUUCGCACUGGCAGGAAAUCCCAAAUCCCUCGGCAGAAGCAACUGCAGAAGUAGAUAACAAUCAGGGAAUUGAACACAUGCAAGCUUCACCACAACUGGGCUGUUUGCAACGGGGAAAAAAUCUACAGAAAAACAUUCAUUUCUCAUCGGAGGCAACAGACUUCAAUACAAACAUUGUUAACCUACGAAACAGAAAAUGCCAAAACAAAACAUCAAUUGAGUCAGUGAAGAGUGGAGAAAAUGCUAAAAAGAAGGCCAAAGGAAAAACCAUAACCAAAGAAACUACCAAAAACAAGCAACGUAAGAAACGUAAAGCGUCUACCACUGACACCGAAUCUGACUCAUCGCUGGAUAUGGACUUGGAAGAUGAUGAUGAUGACGACGUGGACGAUGAAGAAUGCUGUUGUGUAGGAUGCAGCGAACUGUGUAGAUGCACUAAAAAGGACGUUGAUUGGGUCAAAUGUAUUAGCUGCCAACUUUGGCUUCACGAAGACUGUUCAAGAUAUGAAUCCAUGUGUCAUAUCUGUGGUAAAAAGCAGGAGAAGUAA